AUGGUAGAUUACGGAGUUGUCCCUUUGCUGCUGGCCUCACAUUGCAGACUGGUAUCCGGAAAGCCACUCCUGAGGAACAAGCGUAACCUCGCGUGUGACAGCAUGAGACCUUGCGGACACAAUGUCUUCAAUCUGAUCAAGUGCCAGGUGGCCCAUCUGAACAUAUCGGCUCAGGGUCUCUUUGAUGCCUACCUGGAAAGCCAAGGCACCCCAUUCACCAAGGCGAACGUGGACUCGUUAUGUGUAUCAGAAGACACUUUCCCCUCCUUUGUCAACCAGACGAGCAAGGAGAAAGAGAUGCUGGUAGCCCUCUACAAGAUCUCUGUCUUCUUCAAUGCCUCACUGGGCAACAUCACUAGAGACCAGAAGAACCGCGACAGCAACCAAAAGGACCUGCUGGAGCGCCUCGGCAAGACCAGCAGCGCGACACGCGGCCUCCUGGCCAACCUCACCUGCUUGCUGUGUUCCAAGUACAAAGUCUCCAACGUGGAGGUCACCUACGGCUCUGACAAAAAGGCGGAGUUUGAGAGGAAGAGGCAGGGGUGCUGGGUGCUCAAAAUGUACACCAAGGCCAUCGACCAUGCUGCUCAGGCUCUGGGAAAAUGCCACUAGCUCAGACGAGCUUCUCCAACUCACUUGGCUUUCUCCGCCUUUCUUUGGACCUCCGGCAAGUGAUUCAUGGAGAGGUGGA